GUCGGAGCCGGCCGUCGUCUUCGUUUCGAAUCGUCUGCUGGAUGUUGUUCUUCCGGCUGGGGUGAUCCAAAGAACACGAAAGCUGCUAGAUGACUCUGGUCUGUGAGCAGAUUACAUCAUUGUCUGGAUUCUCCUUUUAUAUCCCUGGUCUGGCUGUUACGAUCCACGGUACUCCUCACCACGAUCAGCUUCAACUUUGAUAUCAAUCUCGAAAUCCUUCCCAUCACCAAACACUACUCUCAACACAACUCUACUAUCAAGAACAACAUCACUCAAUAGAGUGUAUCCAUCCAUGAACACAAUGGCCUACUCCGAGCCCGACCCCCUCUCGGGCAAUUGGUCCUACGACAGUGCCAUCGACCUCUUUGCCCUCAAUCCCGUCUUCCCCGAUCCCUUCCAGAUGGAUCUGGCCGACGAGCUGCUGCCCAUGGACCCCAAGGAAUUCUCCGAACGUCCAGUCCAGCAGUCCAUCACCGGUUAUUCCAUGUCUCACCACCCGGGCAAUGAGGCUGCGUCUUUACCAUCGGACGUCGAAAGCGACGAUCAGUCCUGGUCCCCCACCCACCUCUCCUCCCUCGACAACUUCGCCAUGGACAUGCUCAACUUCGACAACCACCCUCCAUCCAGCCCAACCCACCGCCGUCAAUCCUACCCACCAGCCGCCAAACCCGCCCGCCGGUCGCGCUGGCCCAGUUCCGAGCCCCACGACGACGAGUCCGUGCCCACCCCCGCAGAGAUCGACUCCGCUGCACCUCGCAAACCUCUCAAGCGCACGCUCUCCGAGGACUCGGCCAGCAGCGGCGGCGGUCCAACCGGUCCCGCCACCGGUCGCAACGCCGCCAAACGCGCCGCCCACAACAUCAUCGAGAAGCGGUACCGCACCAACAUGAACGCCAAGUUCGUCGCCCUCGAAAAGGCCAUGGCCGGCGCCGUCGGCACGAGUAUGUCCGCCUCGGCCACGGCAGCUUCGCGGCCCACGCGCGGCGGGUCGUCGGCCUCCCUCAAGAAGUCCGAGAUUCUCUCCAAUGCCAUUGCCUACAUGCAGGAGCUGCAAGAGGCGAACCAGGCUAUGCGGAAGGAGAUGACGCUACUCCGGCAGAGUAUGGGCCUGGGGAGACGCUACUAAAUCUACUGUUGGUCCGAUUUUCCUCUCGGUCCGAUUGCACUCUUGAGUUCGACUUCUGAAUCGUACCGGGAUCCCUCUUAUCAUUUCUUUACUUAAUGUAUAUUAAUCUUUCAUUUGUGACGGCUGAGAAAAAGUAUUCAUUGCAUGACACCGGGAUGGGGCUGGCUAUGGGAUGGAGUUAUCUUUCUUUCUUUCUUUCUUUAUUUUCAUUUCCUUUGUUUUAUAUCAUUGACCAUCAUGGGAUACCCGGAACACCAAUCCAACUCCACUUCAUCACCUUGAGCAAGUUCCAACUUCGAAUUUCCAAGUAUAGUUCAUUCCAUAAAAUCCCCAAGAUAAAUGUGUCGAGUCCUGGACAGGUGAAACCCAGCAAACCUAGUAGCAAGUACAACACAGGUUUGGACCCACACGGGCCUCUCCAUCCGAGGUCCAGAACCCAGCCACGAACGUCACAAGUGGAUCAGUUUGUCUGACAGCUGUAAGACUGCUGUCUGGGCAAAGUCCGCUUUUUUCAUUCAUCCUUUUUUUCUCUCUUUCUUUCUCUCUUUCUUUCUUUCUUUUUUCUCUCAUGUAUACCUCUCUUUUCCCAUGU